AUGCUUCCAAACUGCUCAGGUGACCUGGUCCAACUGUUUUCUCCGAUCAAGGGACAGGACCAGACUGAUGGAGCUGCAGCUUGCGUGGAGAGAAAUCCAGUGGCAACGGUGGAUGACCGAUUUUUGUUUAGACGGGCGAUCUGGUCCUGGCACUGCAAAACUCUGCGGCGCCUGCGGGUCGUUCCUCCGUUGCUUCGCUUUGGAGUGGAAGUGCUUCUACUCCUCCUCGUCAUCGGGCAGGUGUCCUGCUUGGUGGUGCUGCACUCUGUGUUGUUGCCAACGGCAUUUUCACCGCAUGAUACGGAUCCGCUCGCAUUGUCACUGAAGUCUGCGUUAUGGCCAGAAGGCCUCAACAGCAGCGAAUUGGAUGCGAACAGCACAAGAAGCCGCGCUUCAGAGUUUCUGGUCGUGGAGGUGGUUUUGCCCAGGUGUUCGGACCCUUCGGAGAAGUGGAACACCUGUGGAUCACAGGUUCGCUGCGAAUUUGCGGCUGAACGGGCACUGCUAGACAUACCGCAACAGCUGCGCCAAAGUGCGCUCACUGCGGCGAAACAUGGUUUGAUGACUUCAGUCCAGGUUCAAGCCAAGGAUUUGGGCCUUCACCCGAAGUUCCUGGAAGUCCCGCUGCGCAGUAUCUUGGCGCGACACAUUCUGGGCUCGAUGAUUGCAGGGCCACUGCGUGAAGAGGUACUACGGCGAGAGCCAUUGAUCCUGAUCGCCAAUGCCUCAAACCAGGUGUCCAACGAGACCGAAACCAACUCAGAUCACUCCAAGGCCGCCCAGGCAGCCUUGAUGGAGAAGUGGUCGUUGCUCGCCUGGGGACUGGCAGAGUUUGGAGGCAUUGGGAACGCGUCCAAAGUUGGAAGCAAUGCCUUGAACCACUUCUCCUGCGAAGGCCAGCCUUCGGGCUCCCUUCAUGCCAUGAGGCGAAUGGCAGAACUGCUUGACAGGCACAUGGAGUGGUGGCUCUUCAAGGUGGUGUGGGCUUUCAGCACCGGCGUCUUCGGCUUGCUGGCAGCUGUGAUGUUUUGCUACUCUGUCCGAACGUCUUUGCUUGGCUGCUUCAAACUUGGAAUGAAGAUCUGCCACUCCUCUCACUCCCCUGGAGUCCCUGGAGGUUUGGAUGCCUUGGAGGCCAUCGUGCUGGUGCUUUCUCCAGCAGGCCUAGCUGUGGUCUUUUGCCACAUGGGCGACUGCCAAGACACAGCAGCGCUGCUGCUGGGUCUCUGCCUGGGCGAAGUGGCUUCCUUCUGUGCCCUACAGACCAAGGAGUCCCGGUACCUUUUUCCCCGAGUUGCAUUGCCGGCCUAUGUGGCGGAUGCGUACUACAGUAACUUCUAUCCCUUUGGCUUCACGUGGCUGGCUCACAGCUCUCUUCUCUCCUUUCAGGCGUUUGUCUUCCUGGUACUUUGGAGUCACCUGGAAACCACGGUGCCUUUGCCCAAGUUCUCCUUGGAUCAGCUGCAGCUUGAGGUGAAAUUGAGACCCAGCCACUCGCAGGACAGCAAGUUCCAACUCUCUCCAACCGUGCAGAAGCUUCUCCUAGAGCAAGGGUUGCUGCUUCUUGGCGACAAUACGUCCUACGAGACGGGUGUUGUGAUGAGUGCAGUGAUCUCAAGGGCGGUGCAGAACAUGAAGGUGCCUUGUGUCAUUCCAAUCUAUCCAGCAGGAGCAACCGAGCUUCUGUGCGACCAUGAAGAACUUGAAUUGGUUCACCCAGAGGCCUUGGGAGGUGGUGCUGCCGUGCACAUGCUGUUGAACCGUGCCUUUGCCGGGGACGCGCGCUGCGCUGCAAUGCUGGUGCAGCUGGUGUCACGGAUGAGGUCCAAGAAGCCGUUUCCUUCGUUGAAGAUUCCAGCCCGCCUCACACUGGCGCAGGUCGGCGAAGGCCUUCGCCAACGGGCAGGCGUGAAGGAGGAGCCAGAGGCGGGUGCUGUGGUGGCCGUGAUGGCUGUGUCUGUCGCCUUGUCCAAGCCUGACAAUCAGGAUCCCUUGCACUGGAAGCACAGCUUGACGCCGCCGCCAGCGCCGGAGAGCCGAGCGGAGACUCCCAACAGGCAUGUCAUGUCAUCCCGCCCUUUGGAUGGUAAAGAUUCAGGGACCCCCACCGAAACCAAGGUCUUUGCUCUUCACCAGAAUUGGUUCAAGGUCCAGCUCCGCCUGCUCCGACCGCUGUGGCUCGAGGGCGGCGACGACGCCCACAACGGCGCGAGAGAAAAGUCUCCAUUUGAGUUGGAAGAUGAGGAGCUCCUGCGGCGUGUGCAGUCUCCAGAGCAGGAUGACUUCCUGUCUGCUGAUCCCAGGACGAUCGAAGCAGAUCUGCUUCACAAGAUCCUGUUCAGAAGACGACCUCCUCCAGAGGCUGAGGCUGAUAAUGCUUGCCCGAACCGUGCUCUUGCGGCACCACCCGGCUUGAUGAAAGCAAAGACACAGCCGGAGUCAGAGCUGCUUUUCAGCAUCUCCAAGAACUUUCGGAUGGCUUCGGCCCAGGGAGUUGCGCAGAGAUUUCCGUAUGGUGCACCACCAGUCCAGCCACAUCCCACAACGAGUCCUCCGGCGCAGCUGGCAGCUCCUGUGGUCAAGCCUCACAAUGCAUGGUGCACCUUCAUCACUUGGGUUCCACCAGCCAGUGGCUCUGAUGAUGAUGACUUCAGCUACGAGAUGAAUGUCAGGAUGGCAGAUUCAGAGAACUGCAUGUUGGUGUCAGAGAUUGGUCAGGAACCCAAGGUGAAGUUGAACGGACUGGAAGCUGGGAAGAUUUACUUCUUCCAGGUGCGCGCCUGCAAUGCUCUUGGCAACAGCGAUUGGAGCUUUUGGUCAGAAGGCUAUUUGGUCCCGAAUCCGCUGCAGACGGUGGUCAGGAAUGAAGAGGGAGAGGAAAUCGAACCACUGAGCAGCUCAGAUUCGCCCACUUCCAUCAAACUGGAGUGGGAUGAGCCUUGCAGUCAAGGAGCACCUAUCAUUGGAUACCGUGUUCAGUACAGCCUUGAUCCUGCUGAGGGAGUGGAUGAAACAAUCACUUCGCUUCAUAGGAGAACCUGGUUGGUUGUGAAUGACCUGAAGCCAAGUCAUCUCUACUUCUUCCGGGUGCAAGCAUUGAACGAGGCCUGCAGCGAUGCGGCCACUUGCUCAGCAACGAGGUCAACCGAUAUCUUGGGUCAUCUUGGGUCGCGGGAUGUUUCAACCAAGGCGGAGUCAAGGGCCUUGUCCAUUGCUUGGACAGAACCCUUCUCAUGUGGUUUCAGGCUCGGAAAAACGAAAAGAGCCACAAAGAACCACAAAGAACCACAAAGAACCACAAAGAAGAACAAAGAUCAUCAACAUGAUCAAAUCCUCACCAUCACCAUCACCAUCAUCAUGAAACAACCAAAAAUAGAUUGA